GCUGCUAGCCUGCUGCGUUUCCUCCAGAGACUGCUACCCUUCCUCUGCCCCCGCCGUUCUCCAUCCUGCAGAGUGCUGCUGCUGAGCGUGUAGGACCUGGCCAGCCCUAACCUGGACCGCUGACAUCAGAUACACCCAUCUAGGAAACAGAGCAGCGGACCACCUCCUCCACCAGCAGACACCUAGACCUGCCAACCUGUCCCCCAGAGUCUUCCCUUCCUGCGCUCUCAGUGCAUUCAGAGCAGCAGCAGAGCUAAGGACACAGAUAUCUUCUAAGGAGAGUCAUGGCAUACAACCAGGAGCCUCUAGCUGAGACCCCUGUCAUCAAAUUCAAUGGCCAGGACUAUAACUCCUUGCUGGAUCGUUGCCUAAGCACAGGCCUACCAUUUGAAGAUGAGACAUUCCCUGCAGAGAUUUCUUCCAUAGGUCUGCAGCUGGUCCAGGGUAAAAACCUCUCCAGCCUGAGGUGGAUGCGGCCAAAGGAUAUAUUAGAGGGUAAAUCAGAGCCUCACUUCAUCCUGGAAGGUGCAAGCAGAUUUGACAUCCAACAAGGAAAGGCCGGAGAUUGCUGGUUCCUGGCAGCACUGGGCUCCUUGACACAGAACCUACAGCAACUACAGAAGAUCCUGAUGGACCAAAGCUUUUCACACCAGUAUGCGGGGAUUUUCCGUUUCCGGUUCUGGCAGUGCGGCCAGUGGGUGGAAGUGGUGGUUGAUGAUCGCCUACCUGUCCUGAAUAAGGAGUGUCUCUUUGUGCACCCUCGCAAGAACAACCAAGAGUUUUGGCCCUGCCUGCUGGAGAAAGCUUAUGCCAAGUUUCAUGGGUCCUAUGUCAACCUGCACUACGGUUUCCUUCCUGAUGCCCUGGUGGACCUCACCGGAGGGGUGGUCACCAGCAUCAACCUGAACUCCAUUCCUUCUGACCUGGUGAUGAUGGUGAAGACAGCGGUCAAGACAGGCUCCCUGAUGGCCUGUGGCACCCUGGCUGAUCCGACAGGUGAGGCUAGGAGAAUGGAGAACGGCCUGGUGACUCAGCACGCCUACACAGUGACUGGGGCUGAGCGGAUUCAGUACGGGAGGGGCUGGGAAGAUCUUAUCCGCCUGUGGAACCCUUGGGGCCACACCGAAUGGAUAGGACGCUGGAGUGAUAGGUCUCCGGAAUGGCAGAAGAUCCGCAGCCAACAUAAAAGACUGCUAUACAAGGAUAAGGAGGAUGGCGAGUUUUGGAUGUCAUGUCAAGAUUUCCAAGACAACUUCUUCUGCCUGUAUAUAUGUAACCAAUGUCCAAUCAGCCUAAACCACAGAAACAUGCCUCAUGAAAGAUGGUCCCAAAUGAUGUUUAAGAACCGUGCAACUCCAGGAAACACCGCAGAAGGACCUCUGAGAGACAUGCAGUACAUCUUCUCUGUGCCAGAGAGCAUGGAACACGACAAUGUCAUCACGUCCUUCAAUGUCAUGCCACAAAACUUAAAGGCCAAAGGUGAAUUUCCACUGACCUUCGAGGUAUUCAAGGUCGACCCUCAGUUCCAGCCCUUCUGGAAGAGGUUGCCAUCCACCUUCUUUUCUCAGUUCAGAAAUGCUAUCGAGGGUGUAGUUUUUAAAACCAAGCGCAACCUCACAAAGUACUUCAGUCUGAACCCUGGGACCUACGUGGUGGUCAUCUCUGCAUACAGAGAAGAAGUUGAGUUUUUGCUCCGAAUCUUACUGAAAAUGCCAGAUGGUGACAGGAAUCUGGACAGCAAUCUCAAUCUUACACCACUGAAGGCAAGUCUUCCAGAAAGUGACUCUCAAGAAAGCAUCUUCCACAAAUAUUCUCAACAGGGACUGUACAUAGAUGCCACCCAGCUUCAGAACCUUCUCAACCAGGAGUUUCUCAAAGGAACUUCAGGGGACACAUUCUCUUUGGAUGAGUGCCGGAGCAUCGUGGCUCUGAUGGAUCUGAAUACAAAUGGGCGGCUCGAGGAAGAGGAGUUUGCGAGGCUCUGGGGCCGCCUUGUCAACUGCCAGAGUGUUUUCCAGAUCAUCCAGAAGCGCUCUGGAGUUUUUCUGGGUUUGGAUUUGUGGAAGGCUAUGACGGAUACAGAUUUCCUUGCAGGGACCUCCAUCAGCAAUGAGCUACUGGAUCUCAUGAUCCUCCGGUACAGUGACAACAGCGGCCGGGUCAGCUUCCCUAGCCUGGUCUGCUUCCUGUUGCGACUUGAAGCCAUGGCAAAGACUUUCCAGAACCUCUCCAAGGAUGGAAUAGGACUCUACCUGACAAAAAUGGAGUGGAUGAACCUGGUCAUGUACAACUGAAGCAAGGAGUAGAGCAGACCCCAGAGUCCAGGACAAGCUCCCAGUGAUCCCUCAAGAAUCUGGCUCUCAUCACAAUAAUCUGCCCCCAUGAUUGUGAUACGAUGAAACCUGCUCUCCCUGAAAUGUAGUCAAAGCUGCCUUCAAGGAACCAGGUCCAAGUCUUCAGCUGGGUCAGGCCCUAGUAAGCCUGAGGUCCCAGAGCAGAUCCCCUGAACACUUCAGGACACCAGCCUCGGAUACCCUGGAGGAUGAAGCAGAUGUUCCAUUGUGUGGAAGAAGGAGAGAAGCUUCAUCUCGGCUGCCUCCCUCCAGUCCAAUUCAUUUCUAGGAAAAGCCAGAAUAAGCCAGUCUGCCCACCCACAGGGUGCUGGGGGCAACAUGGGCACAGUCCGCUGGGCAUUGCAAAAUAAUCAUACUUCCCGCUGUCUGUAUCCUGAUUGUUUCACAGCCAAAUGGCAAAAUAAAGCACAGUUCCUAUAAA